AUGGAAUUCUUAGAUGCACCUUCUUGGCGACUCAGAGUCACAGAGUUUCGCCACACUGCCAGAGGUGUCAUGGGGGGAAUCAUGGAGGCGUCUCGCGAAUCAAAGCUACCCAAGGAUGAGACGUUGGAGCUUCCCAACCCUGCACCAGCGCUACAAUUGAAGCACCCCCACUGGAGGUUGCUGAGACUGGUGCUACAUGAUGCAGGACCCCCUCCGCUUGGUGCGAAGCCAGUGCCGGUGGCCUUCUUCUCUGUAGUGCCAGAGCCGCUGAUAUCAAAGACGAAGGAGGAUGUGGUUGUGAGACUUGCUACACAUUACGACCGGACGAACUGGCAAGAGCUCUUCAGCGAGUACCGCAAGACCCAGAUUCCGGGAGGCUCACCUCCUUUUGUAGAAGCUGAUGUAGCAGCUGAGGCCGUUUGGCAUCUCUUUGCACAUGGAGGGGAGUGCAAGACGCACCGAUGGAGAGCACAGCUCCUGGUUGCCUACAGUGGUAGCACCCUUUUGGGGGCAGCCCACCUGGUUCUGCAGCCACGGGAUGCUGGAGAUACGGAGUCGUGGCGUGGGUUUCUCAAUGACAUCUUCGUUUCGCCUGCUGCGACUGGCAAAGGCAUUGGCCGAGCAGCUCCGCAUCAAUAG